AGGUAUUGGGGAUCUCCUCCUAGACAACAAACCCACAUUCAAAGAGGGGCGCACGCAUUACGUCACGCUCCGUGUGGAGAAUAUAAUGGGAGGUCGCGGGUUACGCUCAACGCUUUUCUGUACAGGAGACGAGAGGAGCAUCAUGCCGAACCCGCGCGCACGGAGCCCGAGAGAGAGAGAUCUGAGCUUUGUCACGAAGUUUGUCAUAAACUGUUUCCACUGAUGCUGCUAACGGAUGAACGUUUUGUUCCAUUUCUGUGACGGAUUUUCAUCAUGGGGAAAGCGUGAAUUUCAAGGGACACUCAAAAACGCAGGUUUGGAUACAGCUCACGCGUAAUUGCGCACAAGAAAAGUGUCCCUUUUAGCAGCAGCUCCCCGUGCGCACUGAUCUCCCCACCGGACCGUCCGACAUGGAUCAGUCUCAACAGUGUUUAGCCAUGUAUCUGCUCGUGCUCUCCCUCGGACUUCUGAUGGACAGGGGGAUUUGUCAGCACUACUACCUUCUCCGCCCCAUCCCGAGUGACAGUCUGCCGCUCGUGGAACUAAAAGAGGACCCAGAUCCCGUCUUCGACCCCAAGGAGCGGGACCUUAAUGAGACCGAGCUGAAGAGCUUCCUGGGAGACUUUGACAGCCGCUAUUUGUCAGUGUUGCCGCCCGCGGAGGACAAGUACACCGGGAACGAUGAACUCGACGACUCUGAGGUCCAAAAGCCCGGUGGAGUACUGCCGAAAGAAAUCCGCGCGGUGGACUUCGACGCCCAGUUCGGCAAGAAGCACAAGCCCAGUAAGAAGCUGAAGCGACGGCUGCAGCAGUGGCUGUGGGCGUACUCGUUCUGCCCGGUCGUGUACACGUGGACCGACUUGGGGAACAGGUUCUGGCCGCGAUUCGUGCGGGUGGGCAGCUGCCUCAGUAAAAGGUCGUGUUCGGUUCCGGAGGGAAUGGUGUGCAAACCCGCCAACUCGACCCACCUGACGUUACUGAGAUGGAGAUGCGUGCAGAGGAAAGGGGGACUGAAAUGCGCCUGGAUACCGGUGCAGUACCCGAUCAUCACAGACUGCAAAUGCUCCUGUUCAAGUUAAAAAAAAAGAAAAAAAAGAGAGACUCUAAAUAAUAAAUUAUACGCUCAUUAUUUUUGUGAUUCUUUUUUCACGUGCACUACCGAGUGUAGGAAUGUAUUUUCUGUAUAUGCGGUGCCAUGCAGUUAUAUAUAGCUCCCUGUACAAAGUCAGUAUUAUUUGUAACCAGAGGCUACUUUAUUUGUGGAGAAUAGUGGUUAUAUAUUUUGUAUUUAUGGAGAUAUGGCGCAUAGAGCCACGUAUAAGGACUUGCUGUUUCCAUAUUUGGAUGAUGAAGCAGAUCGACCUCAAAGCUAAACGUGGAUUAUUGAUACAGCGGUGUAUCGGUGACUUGUUUUAUCCUGUAAAUUAAGGAAAUGUGCUAUUUAUUCUUUAUAUUCGUACAAUAAAACGACACUGAAAUGACAUUAAA